GACGAUGUUUGGAUGCGGUGUAAGCAGAUGUUGACACCAACAACCAUCGCUGGCUUGAAUGCAUACUAGUAAGGUGCGUGGUCAGCUUUCAUUGGAUCUUCCAUGGAUCCGGAUAUUUUGAGACCAUCUGCACAAAAGAUAUUCGAACCCAGCCCUUCUGACACGUCGUGAAUGAGACACCAAUCCAUCGACUCUCUAGUUCUUGGUUCUUUCGAGAAUCUCAUAGUUAGUUGUCCUUGUUGACGAAUCGAAUUUCCAUUACAAGUUAGUGCACUCUUAUUAUUACCUAUCUAGCCAGACACCAUGAACGCCUUUCUCCGUGCCCUCCUCUUGGCCAUGUUCGCCAUGGCUUCUGUGAAGGCAUUUGCCCCUUUGUCAACAAACGCCAAGACUGGACAGCCCGCUACCGUGAUGCAUUUCAAGUUCUUGAAGGAUUUGGGGAUGGAGAAGCCAAGCUGGUUGCCUGACUUUGGAGGAAACAAGGAAGAAGAAGAACCUGCUGCCGAGGCGGCUUCAACUGACGGGGAAGCGGCUGAAGAAGAAGCUCCUGCUGCUGCCGAAGAGUAAGGGUAGAAAGGAUCGAAUCAUCUCUCCCAAGAGGUGAAAAGAAAUCUUUCACUGCAUGCCCAGAAAUGCUUUGCGUAGGAGGACGCCAAAUGGAUUGGUUGAGGGACCAAGAAAUUGCCAAAUGCGGGUCCCAAUCUCAACUGUCAAAACCAGAGCAACAAGAACGACAACAAAAACAAGGCACAGCACAGAUUAAUCAGCCAUUUAGUAACACUUGAGAACUGUUGACAACUUU